AUGGCUAUAGACAGGCGGAAGGUUGUGGUUUUUGGCGCAGCCUUUGUGCUGCGCUUACUUCUCACAUGUUUAUUUCCUUCUUUGCCCGAUUUAUUAACUGGGAGAGUCGAAGUGUCAACACCCGUCAAUAGCUUCAAGCGCCUCCAAGAAGGCUUGUUUUUAUACAUUGGAAAUGUCUCGCCUUAUGACGGCGGUGUCUUCCACCAGCACGUGCGAUGGGAUGGAGUUUCCGUAGCUGCAUGGUUCUUGUUCAAUCCCUUCACGAUUGCGACAUGUUUAGCGCGGUCAACAAGCGUGUUCACCACAUCUGGAAUCCUAUUUGCUGUCUCCAAUGCAGUCGGGGGGAACAGUAUCAAUGCCAUGCUAGCCCUAGGAUUCGCCUUUUACCUGUCUCUUUACCCUGCGCUGCUAUUCAUCCCGCUGGUUCUACUCUGUUAUGAUCUACGCGCGCAAGGGCCCAACCCUCCCAAAAUCGCUAUCUAUGUCGUCCAGCACGGUGGUCUGCUCCUGGCUAGUAUUGCAGGGCUUCUCGGUCUGUCCUAUUUAAUCACCGGCAACUUUUGGGAGUUCAUCUCGGCGACAUACGGUUUCCACCUGCUGGUUCCAGACUUAACUCCCAAUGUUGGUCUGUGGUGGUACUUCUUUAUCGAGAUGUUUGACUCGUUCCGAGAGUUCUUCAUUGGUGUCUUCUGGCUUCACCUGGCUAGCUAUGUCGGGGGUCUUACAGCUCGCUUCCAGCGACAGCCUCUGUUUGUAAUUGCUUCGCUUUUGGGUGUCUUCGCCAUCUUCAAGCCAUACCCUAGUAUCUCAGAUGCGUCGUUGUUCUUUGCAAUGUUGCCGUUGUAUCGGCACCUUUUCCCAUUGAUGAGAUACACCUUUUUCGCUAUCUCGGCGAUUCUAUACUCAAGCCUGCUCGGCCCCGCUUUCUACCAUCUCUGGAUCUACGCAGGAUCCGGAAACGCCAAUUUCUUUUACGCCAUCACCCUAGUAUGGAGUCUCGGCCUCUCGAUCUUGCUAGCCGAUACAGUCUUCGCCGCCCUCCGAGACGAAUGGGAACAAGAAAAUCCCGAAAAGCAAGGCGCCGAAGUGAGACAGGUGUAA